AUGAGGGUUCUCAUUGCCAAGUCUUGGUAUGUAGCAGUCAAUGAUAGGACACUUCAUUCCAUAGCAGGUGUCACGAAUGGGAGUUUCGCCACUCCAAGUUCGGCCUCUCAGCACCCACGUCAUCCGCGUGACUUGGGCCUUCCCGCGCUUCGGACCUCCUCUCCCCGCUUCGGCACCUGCACUGCCUUCUUCUCCUCCAACUAUACGCUCACAACCCUCUCGCCCCCGACUCUUACGUGA